ACAAGUUUAGUUUAGAAAAACAACGGAACGGCGUAGGAAUCAAGCAGCACCUGUGCCCCCAAAAAACUAGUCGUCUUUACUUUCAAAUAGGCAAUAGAUCCAGUCUGAAAACAAAAUUCAACGUAAAAUUCUAAAGCCAUAGAAAAUCCGGCAUUAUUUGAAAGCGUCCGCAGUGCACAGCGCUCCAAAUCCAGUUCCACCAUCCAAGAUUCUACGCAUUUGCAGAAGCCUAUGAUAUAAUAAUGUCUCGAUCAUUGAGUCGCGUAUUGGGUACCAACUGGGCGCCAUCCCUGUCCUUUUCACAUCCCAAAUAUCGGGGAUCCAACACACUGAACGAUCUACUGCGCAGCAAGGUGGCCACCACGACCAUCAUUCCGGUGGCUAGAUACUCCAAGCGUAAUGGCCCACCGUCGGAUGCCGGCGGAUUCUUCAAAACCGUCAAGUCGCGGGAUCUCGACGACGACGAUGAGCUGAAUAGUUUGGAGAGCGAGCCCAACUGGGAACUGACCGCCGAAAGGGGCAAUCGCUUCUAUCUGCCAAAUGGCGUAGGGCCUGCCUGGCAGGGCGACAGCACCACCGUCGGUCUGGUCGAGCCGCUUGUCCACCUGGUCAACUUUUUCAAGGGUCCCAAUACGGACAAAUCGCGCCUGGAAUUCACCUGCCAAAAUUGUCCCUUGCUUAUCCGCUUGCCGCUCUUGGAGCUCUUCCCGGUACCCGUCGUCGCACAGCAGUGCACAAACAUCACCAUGCUCGUUCUCAGCUACGAAGGAGACAUCGAAAUGGGCGCCGCCAAGUUUGUGCUGGCAGCGCGUGAGAUGAGCGAUCGCCUGCUAUCGUACGGCUACUGGGCGGACUUCAUCAAUCCGUUUAGCGGACGGCCGUAUUUUCUACCGCGGGAAGGGGUUAAUCUGUACAGGCAGGACUCACGCUUCCGUGGUCUAAACAUGCGGAUGUCGGAACAGAACCGUUGCACAGUGAUUUCCGCUGAGGAGAACGACAGCACCCGCUUCUCGGGCACCAUCUACAGCACAGCGCCGAAUCACUAUGGGCAGCUGCUGAAGCUGAUUUUGCCGCAGUCGCACAAGGCUGCCCAAUGACGCGGAUGGUCGACGAAGUGGAUGCCAUUGGAGUUAGACUCCAAAUAAUGAUGCCGUAGCCUUUUAAGCGAUGAUGACUGUGUUAACUGUUUAGGUUUCCCGUUUCGACACUGUAUAUAGCCGACAAUGCUGGUGUUAUAUGCUGCGAAAUAUAAUCGAUAAGAAUGUUAA